AUGAACCAGCAGCCGCAGCAGCACUCUGGCUUUGUUUCGCCUCCACAUCAACUCCACCGGGGAUUAGUAAACCGGGGAGAGCUGCACUCGAGUCCCGGUCGAGUCCCACAGGUCAGUACAUGCUCUUACAGCGCUUCAAGUGGAAAGGACGACUCCUCCUUUUUCAGUCUGGAAUUGUAUACGCGUUUUAAACCACUGCCAGACGUUUCCGCCUUCAGCAGACUCAUGACGGAGAUGGGGUCUAUGUGCAGCGGUGUCGAGCCCAUCCAGGGAUACUUCCGGCCAGAACAGACCUACUCUGGACUGAAACUCCCUGAGUCCAACGAUCAGGACUUGUCCCCAGUGAGCCUAACGACUCCGCCACAGUCAAGCACCCAGCAGAUGUGCAAUUUGAGUUUCCCUGAGCAGUAUUACCUAGAGUCUGAUAAAAAACCUUACGGCGAUGACUUGACUGUCUGCAGCUCUGUGUGUCAAACCCCGAAGAGCAAUGUCAACAACAGCAUCGUUAAAAAUAAUCACAGCAGGAACACGGAAGAUGCAGAACUAGGUUUACGGCAAGAAUUGCCACUCUCAGAAUUUCCUGAUGCCAAUAAAGCUCCCAGACAGGAGACGCAAGACGAUACGGAAUAUGAAAACGCACCAAGUGGAUGGCUGUCGGCGAAAGUCGGUAGAAAAAAACGAUGUCCUUAUACUGCACAUCAAACCUUGGAACUGGAGAAGGAGUUCCUCUUCAACAUGUAUCUGACUCGAGAGCGCCGCCUGGAGAUCAGCCGCAGCGUUAACCUUUCAGACCGACAAGUCAAAAUUUGGUUCCAAAACCGCCGCAUAAAACUGAAAAAAAUGACGCGUGAACACAGAGCCACCGAUGUGACUGUGCAUUUCUCCGCCUGA